UAGAGCUAGCACACAAUGGGCGGGGGCGCGAGGCCAGGAGCCGUGCAAAAGUGCCGCCGCGUCACGUGGGCCGCAGAGCGCGCCGGGCCAGGAGCGGCCCAGGCCGGGCGCGGCGUACGUGCGCGCGCGCGCGCGUGCGUGCGAUUUGCGAUCAGGCGGCGCUGCGGACAGCCCCAGCGGCGGGGUGGGGGGAGUUAUAUUGCGGGGUCCUUUCUCGCUCACCCUGGUUCCUCUCGGAGCGGAGACGGCAAAUGGCGGACUUCGAUACCUACGACGACCGGGCCUACAGCAGCUUCGGCGGCGGCAGAGGGAUUCUGCUAUGUAGAAUUUGAUGAGGUGGAUUCCCUUAAGGAAGCCUUGACAUAUGAUGGUGCACUGUUGGGUGAUCGGUCACUUCGUGUGGACAUUGCAGAAGGCAGAAAACAAGAUAAAGGUGGCUUUGGAUUCAGGAAAGGUGGACCAGAGGACAGAGGAAUGGGUGGCCCUCGAGAAUCUAGAGGUGGCUGGGAGUCCCGGGAUGACUUCAAUUCCGGCUUCAGGGAUGACUUCUUAGGAGGCAGGGGAGGGAGUCGCCCUGGUGAACGGCGAACGGGCCCCCCAAUGGGGAGUCGUUUCAGAGAUGGCCCUCCCCUUCGAGGGCCCAAUAUGGAUUUCAGAGAACCAACAGAAGAGGAAAGAGCACAGAGACCACGGCUUCAGCUUAAACCUCGAACAGUUGCAACGCCCCUCAACCAAGUAGCCAAUCCCAACUCUGCUAUCUUCGGAGGAGCCCGGCCCAGAGAGGAAGUGGUUCAAAAGGAGCAGGAAUGAGCCUGCGGUUGAGAGGGAAUAGGGCACGGGUGGGGGGGAGUUAGAGCGAGACCGCAGCCUGGCUAGCCGGCCCGGCAGUCCUGCAGUUACCAUUCCUGCGCCUGACCUUUGUCCUCCUUUCUUACAAAGGAAACAGAGCUUGUGAGUGCAUGUCAGCCGUUAACAAGUGGUUUUUAGUACAUUCUUGGCUUUGCUGUGUCUAGUGCCUGAUUUGUGCUUUUUUUUUCCCCCUGCAACUUCCCCCACUUUCCUUCUGUCCUUUUUUCCUUCUUGCUCCUUGUUUCCUUCCAGCACAUGAGUUUCUCUAGAGGGACAAAGGCAGCCGCCAUGUGGGAGCUCUUUAGGUUGAGGUGCUGCUUCAUCUUUUUCCUUUGCUUUCUCUCUUCACUUCAGACACACUGGCCAGACCCCGGUGGUUCCUUUGAUUUUUCUCAGUGCUUCUCUUCUGACCUGCAUGUUGAGUUCUGUAUUGCUGUGGCUUCCACAAAAAGAAACAGAAAAGAAGUCACAAAUUGGAUAGCAUCUUGUUUUUAUUCAGCUGUGAUCAACGUACAGAAUUUGAGGCAGCUUGUUUUCAAAACAAGGGUAACAAAUUUCUGUUGAUCCUCGCAAACUCCUUCCCAUCCCUAUUUAUAGGUAGCCCUGUCUCUGCUACCCCCUCCCCAAGUGGAUUACGCAAGCAGAAUAGGCUCAAAUUUCAGACGGUGAAACCUAAAAGAGUCAUGUGAAAUGGUGGUGGGGAGUUCACCUAGAAGAUCAGUUAAAUGCACUACUGUGUUCACACAUUUUCUUACUGCUUUUUCGAUACCAUGUCUAAACUGGUUUCUUCCGUUCCCUGGCUGUAUCAGAGGCUCCUCUGUCCAGCUGGAUGUAAUGAGCUGCCUGCCGCAGGUUUCCCUUCCGCUGGGCACAGGUGCUUUGGGGCAGUGCGGUGGUGGUGGUAGAGCUUUGCUGGGCUCACUUUAUAGUGUUGACAUAGCUUGAUCCAAAUUCCUGUCGUCUCUCCCUUGUUGAUUUGUUCCCUGGUAUAAGUAACAAUGAAAUACUGUGCUUCCCACCAUCCCUUAAUUUUAUAAUGAAAAUGGGCCUAGAAUCUGGCACUUUAUUGUUUCACUUGAUGAAUUGAGAAUUUUACUAUGCAGAGCUGUCAGAAACCUUAAAAUAACUGGUAGGUGGCUGUAAGUUACUAGGUCUCAUCUUUGGGGCAAAAUUUAUUCUUCCCACGUACAGUGUUUAGCAUUUACCUAGGGCUAGGGGCUAGGCAGUAGCUUUUGAGCUUGAAUAACUAUGUGUGAACAAAUUUAAUUCUUUAGCACCCGAGUCCCAGUCCGUCCCAUUGGGAGCAUUCGGGGUCAGCUAGCAGCUAGAGACCCUCACCAGCAUGACCCAUGGAGGGCUGAGGGGUAGCCGGGCCUCCGCAGCGCAGUGUGCUUAGGUAGUAGUCCGUCACUAGCUGGCGUCCUUGGCUUCUCUUCCUCUGUCUUUGUUACAAGGUCUCAGCAAUUUACAGAACUCUCCCUUCUUUCCUUCCACCUGUCAUCUUUGCUUCUGAAAUAAGAACCAUUUGUGUAACACCAAUACUUAACUUAAGAAAGACAUGCAUUAUGUGGUUGUAAUCAAACCUGAUGCUUUCAGAUGACCUACUUACAUCUUCAAUGUGGAAAAGAUUAAGAACAAAACAAAUUCAUCUAAACUGGGCAAUCCGGUUGACUUUUAAAUGUAAGAAUGGAAUUCCAAACACUUAACACAUUCAGCUAUAUGACAGAAAGUAAAUCUAUGGAUAUGGUAUUUUGUGAAUGAUCUUUUAAAUAAAAGAAAACCUUACGUAAUAUUUAA